AUGAAUCUCCUCUCCCUCCUCUCCUUCCUCUCCCUCUUCCUCAUCCUCCCCUUCACCCUCGCCCACAAUCCCCAUCCCCACCCCCGUUCCACCCCCCAAACCCUAACUCCAGCCCCCGAAAAACAAUGCCCCUACCCCUCCACCACCCAAAUAACCACAAUCUGGAACAAGCUCAUCACCGGCAACUCCCUGGGAUUCAUCUCGCACUUCCGGCCCCUCCUCAGCUGGACAAUAAUGGGCACGCACCCGUUGGCAGGCCACUACGACAAACUCUCCCUGUUCAUCGUGAACGGCCAACUCCGUCUGUACAAUUCCCUCGGGACAAAACCGAUCUACACGCUCGUCAAUGUCGUCGGGGGAUGUGAAAAUGAGUGGUCGGUGCAGGAGAUGCGGAUGCAGGCUACGGCUAAGAAUGGUCGCAUCCUCGACGAAAUCAACAUCUGGGCCACGAGAUGGGAUACAGAAGGAAAGGUGGUACAGGUGCGGUCGUAUGUGGAUGGGUGGGUCACUGCUAUGAUUAUUCAUGAGAAUGAGGACUGGUCGGAUUCGAAUUGGUUGGUUAAUCGGACGGAGUAUAUGCCUGGUCCUAAUGGGGUGGAUUUGGGGUUGGUGGGGGAGGAGUUUGGGUAG